UCGCGGGGCUUAUCUUAUCUCCGGUUGAUGUCGUCACAAGCUCCGGGAGCUCCCCAUUCUAAGUUGACUUCACCCAACAGAUGCAGUACCUGUCUUGAAGCAUCACACUCAUCGCAUCAUUGAUAGUUUAUUAACCCGCCGUGACCCCCGUGAAGAAUUGUAUUGCUUGAAGCUCGCAUAUACCCUGUAGGAUAGUUACUUUAUCUUUUUCCGACCACACCACUCCUAUCUUCACCGUAUCGCCCCUCCAAGCUCUCGUGCUUAGCAAGCAUUCUUUAUCAGCUUUCAUCUCGACCUUCACACGAUUAACCAGAUCUCACCCACUUGAAACAUGGCGCCUGGGGAGGGUGAGAGGAGUUCGCGACCGCUCUCAGCGGACCCAAGUGACGAAGAGAACCGUAAUGAGAGCACACGUGAAUCAUCGGAGGGACCGGCUUGGUACUAUCAAACGGAAGAAGAUGAAGACGAGGAUGAGGAAGACCCAGACUACGAGGAUGAACCCGACGAAGAAGAUGAAGACGAUUUUCAAGGUGUUAAUGAUCGUGACAUUGAAAUAUUGAUGGAGAAUGGAGGUGAUGACGACGACGACGAGGAAGACGAGGACGAUAUUGAAGGGGUUACUGACACGCAACGACUCGUAAACAUUGUACGGACCGGUGCUAGAACAGGACUACUAACACGGAGACAACUCAUUGCCUUGAUGCAGAGUCCUGAUCUUACCAGUGUUUUAUUCCAAGACAAUCCUGGGGAGGACGCCGAGUUCUUGCAUAACUGGCCUUUCAAUCGACGUCGAACACCCAAGGACCCGAAUCGCUUUCCGAAAGUGCCAAGUGAGCAGGGCAUGAAGCUUAUGCGAUCAGGAGCAUUUGGUGCAAAUAACUACAACCCCAGAGCAAAGAGGCCACUUGCUGUGAGGAUGCUCGAGCGGGAGUUGGCUUUGGGGAAUCGCGAAGAUCAGAUACGAAAUAAUGCUCUUAUCAACCAGAGUCUACUACCAAAAUCAAGAGCCGAAAAAAUUAUUCAUUUCGAUGACCCCGUGUAUUCUGGACAGUUUUCGGACGAUGGAAACUUCUUUUUCGCCUGCUCUCAAGACUUCAAAGUACGGAUGUACGACACUUCCAGCCCAUACAAUUGGAAGCAUUACAAGACAGUCAGCUACCCAUGGGGACAAUGGACACUCACAGAUGCAUCAUUAAGUCCUGACAACAAAUGGCUCGCGUAUACUUCAAUCCAGACUAUGGUCUCCAUAGCUCCUACGGAUCCAAACGAUACUGGAGAUCCCUAUACACUGGAUUUAGAUGACGGCCCCCCGCAUGGAUGGCAUGGGCGACGUGGCUUCGGUAUCUGGUCUAUCAGGUUCUCAGGUGAUGGAAGAGAACUGGUGGCUGGAACGAGCGCGGCCUCAAUCGUGGUAUAUGACAUCGAGUCUCGAACAGUUCUUCACCACGUUCGCGGCCACUCGGAUGAUGUCAACGCCGUGUGCUUUGCUGACAAGAUGUCACCGCACAUCCUUUAUUCGGGCUCCGACGAUACAACGAUCAAGGUCUGGGAUCGGCGAAGCAUGGGCGAUCACCGAGAAGCUGGCGCCUUUGUCGGCCACAUCGAAGGCUUGACAUACAUCGACAGCAAGGGAGAUGGACGAUAUAUUCUCAGUAACGGAAAAGACCAGUCAAUGAAACUAUGGGAUAUACGAAUGGCCAUGUCAACCGAUCGAUACAACGAACUUGAUCCGACAGCACAUGCAAACACCAGUGGCUUCGAUUACCGGGGUGGCAUAUAUGACGACGAGGACUGGGAUGUGCACCCCCAUGAUAAUUCGCUUGUGACCUUCCGAGGUCAUAAAGUCCUUCGAACUCUUAUUCGAUGCCACUUUUCACCUCCGACGUCCACCAAUUCACGAUAUGUAUACUCGGGCAGCACCGAUGGCAAGGUAUACAUUUGGAAUAUGGAUGCGAGCUUGGCUGGAAUCGUAGAUGUUAAGAAAGCUACCAUGCGCACUCGGCCAAUGGACAAUCGACACCGCUUCUAUCAUUUCGAUGAACCAGGCAAUUGGGGCACUUGUGUCCGCGAUGCAAGCUGGCAUCCCACUGCCCCUCUCCUUGUUGCGUCUGCUUGGAAUGGGUAUAACAUGGCAAGAGGAACAUGCACGCUACAUUCGUAUAACGACAACGUGGAUGAUGAAGGAGAACCACCGAUGGGCCAGAGUGUCAACCACUUGCUCAAGGAACAACCUGAGCUAUAUCAGAACUCAACAUAUGGAGUGCGUUAGAUCAAGUUUGCAAGAAACAACAUUGGAUAUAUUUUGUACAAUUGGUCACCUUAGCCAGCAGUCUUGUAAAGGAUACCUCUCAACCCCAUGCAAACCGCGCCUUAGACGUGAAAGCACAUCCUUCUCAUCCUCACGGCGCUCGAUCGAAUUCCAGCGUAAGAAGUGUGUCGCGUGCCCGCCAUAAUUUCAUUUAACUCCGCCCCAGUGUACGUACUCGCAGCAAGAAAAUUGUUGUGAUCGCCCUCGCGUCCACCCCCGCCGUGCGGGUUUUUGGAUUGUCAAGUCGCCACUAUCCAUAAUCUCUUCAUCGCCUGAUCGUGUGAUCGUUUAUGCGCUACCGACGAGAGCGUGGUUGAGGGGAAUGUGCACUGAGGACAUGUUAGAGAACGUUACACCUGAAGGAAAUUGGAUAUCAUACCCAGCUUGACAACGUAGCCAACAGCGCCCAUGAUGAGGAAACCAACGCCAACAGCCUGGCAGAGUCGUAGGAACUCCUUCUGGUCAGCUGCAGAGUAGUAUGUCAGUAGAGGUAAGAGAUGUGUGAGUGCGCAAUGAGUCGACAUACGCUUGGUGCAUCGUCGCACGAAUUGAACUCCGUCCUUGACGAACUCGGAGGGAACCUCGAGGAUCUCUUGAACCUGGUCGGACAUAUUGUGUGUGUAUGUGGAAAAGAAAGGGGAGUUAUUAAAAUUAGAUGCCGCGAAAGAAGAGAUGUAGCUUCGUUGAGUAGAAGAAAAGGCAGAGUCGUCGAAUUGAGUCGGAGUCGCGAGGGGUUGAAGAAAGGAGAGUUGAAGUUUAAAGGGGACUUCUUUUUGGUGGUGAUCCUAGCUAAUCUAAUGGACAGCACAGCUCUGCUCUCUGGCCUCUCCUCUAUUGCGACGACGUGUUAACAAUUACCUUACCUAAUUUCCAAUUGGGGGC